AUGGAUUCACCUACCCCUAAAUCAUUUUCAAAGCCUAAUUCUUGUUUAAAAACCUUUUUGAUUGUUCUUGCCGGUCUUUGCGCUAUAUUAAUUGUUGCUUCUAUUACCUUUGGUUUAUUACAGCUAAUCAAGUAUGAAAAAUUAUUUAUAAGUUUAUUAAUUAUAUGUAUUAUUACUUAUACGCGUAGAAACCAUGAUAUAACCGAACCUGAAACAUCUACAAUAUCAUCAGCAAACACUGAAACAAGCUAUAGUUCGACAACUGAGGCAGGGUGUGUUCAGAAUUCUUAUUCAGUUUAUGUUGAUUUAAUAAAUACUUCGAUCAUUCAUGUUUGGUUGAAGCCAAAAAGACUGGGCUCGACAGCCAUCCUUUAUGCCAAUAUUUCUAAUACAAAUCAAACAACCCCUACACCUAUAUUCUAUACGAGUGAAAAUGGCGAACCAACAUGGUUUGAUUUUGCUCAAUUGGAACUAAACUUUAAUGGAAAGGUUGAACUCAGUUGGUCAGAUGAGGACACAAAUGUUUCUUAUAUUUAUGCAUAUGAAACUGAAAAUGUUAAACGCAACGGGAUUCGUCCUGCUUUUAUUUCCAAACUGGCAAUGGGCCCGAAUAUGGAGCAAAGCUUCCAUUUUAGACCUCCUUUAGGUUGGACAAAUGAUCCGAAUGGAUUUAGUAGGACUAAAGAUGGUCUUUAUCAUUUAUACUACCAGCACUAUCCACACAGCAAACAAUGGAACUCAAUGUAUUGGGGCCACGCAAUCAGUAAUGAUUUGGUUAACUGGAUUCAUCAGCCUAUAUUCCUUCGUCCCGAUGACAAAGAAUGUGGUACCGAUUGUGGGCUAUUUUCAGGUUCAGCUGUUCCGAUACACGAUGGCGAUGGUCUACAAGUCUUCUUUACUGAUAAUAAUAAUACACGAAUAAAUCCGGAAAUACAGCGAACUGUUUAUACUAAAGACACCAUAUUACCCUUCAACGAAUCUGAAAUUAUCAUAAGUGAUCUACCAGAUUUGAAGGAAAAGUGCCUAAAAUUAGGAGCUGACUUUAGAGAUCCCAAUGUUUUUCUUGGCCCAGAAAACUAUUAUUACAUGACAUUGGGCAGUAGUGAUACACUUGGUGCUGGAGGAGUUGUAUUACUUUAUAGAUCAAAAGAAAAGCAUUCCAUACAUUCUGGAUGGAUAUUCCAAAAUGUUCUCAAAACUGAUAACGCAUUUGGAACAAAAGUAUGUGAAUGCAGUCAGAUCUUCCAGUUAGGUGGAAGGAGAAGGUUAAGUCAAACGUUAUAUGCCUUGCUAUAUGCACGAACUGGUAGUAAAGACGGAGACGGGCGUGCCAACCUUUCACCAAUUAUUUUGGGUAAUUUUGAUGGCAGUAAUUUUAAUCCAAUAGAAGAACAAGAAUUGGAUUUUGGUGCUGGUUCUUUUGGAUUUCAAGCAUUUUAUGACACAAUCGACGAUGAAGCAUUACUUAUUGGCUGGCUAGCAAAUUGGCCAGAUUGGGAUAGGAUUUCGGAUUGGUCAACCUCUCUAACAUUACCUUGGGUAAUCAGAUGGAAUAAUAGGCAAUUAUUAAUUGGGCCUCAUCCAAAUGUGUUGGGACAACUCCGCGAUAUUGAAUUGGAUGGAAAAGCAUUACUUCGAGGCAAUGCUGUUGUAUUACCCAAUGGAACGGCCUAUAUACGUCUAGCACUUGAAUACUAUUAUUUCUAUAAUGGAAUUUUUCUUCAACUAAAUCAUCCGGAUUAUAUACAGUUGGGAGUUAAAGUUAGCAAAGAUGGACUUGAAAUAGUGAAAGUAAAGCAUAAUGAUCCACCAAAUCGUCGUUUCCUCGCAGCAGAUGCACGUCCUGACAUUGUUCAUAUUUACAUUGACCGCGACUCUCUCGAAGUAUUUGGCGAAAUGAAAAAUGAUGGAAUGCCAAGAUGGGCGGGUACCUCCCGUUUAACGGGCUUGAACACUUUUGUCGAUUCUGUACAGCUUUCAACAACAGAUCGCUAUAGUUAUUUAUUGCAAGGAUGCCAAAUUUGGAGCAUGAAACCCGCAAAAUUUUUGGGUCGCUUAUAGCUUCUUUAAUAUUUUUAUUUUGUACAAUUUGAAUUGAUUUUUGAAUUUUAAUUUCUUUUUAAAUUUUUAUCAAGUUUAAAAAUGAAAUUUGGUUUAUUAUUUAAUAGCAUGCCAAAGAGGAAUAUAAAAGAGGAAAACGGGCUGGCUUUAAAAAUAAAAGCAAAAAACUUUAUGCACAAUACGCAUAAAGUAAAAAAAAGAGAAUUGCAUGUGCCAUUUAAAAUACUGGCUAACGCAUAGUAAAAUAGAAAUAAAAAAAUAAUGGAUUGUUUUGGCACAUAAAAUUCUAAAAUUUCAACGGGAGUAGAGAAAAAGACUUGUAGCCGCUUCCAUAGACAUAAGU